GUGAAACAAACCGAAAGGUUGCCUAUUUUGAAUUACCAAAUAUUAUUGUUAAAUUUCUGUAUUAAAUUGAUGUACUAUAGCUAAGCUAUUAACGUCAAAGUCUGCACAAUUAAUUGCUUUGGCCAAAACAGUGAAGCAUUAAGUGAGGGCAGUCGCCUGGGCAGCCUGGACAGCGGCCGCCUGCUUACAUAAUCAACAAAUGAGUUUACACAGCAGCUUCGUUCGACGCUUCCUCGAUAAUUGGCCCGGCAAGCGACGAUUCGGCAUUUAUCGUUUCCUGCCGAUAUUCUUUGUGCUCGGCGCGGCAUUGGAAUUCUCCAUGAUCAACUGGACCGUGGGCGAGACGAAUUUCUAUCGCACAUUUAAACGACGUCAGGCCAAGAACUAUCUGGAGGAUCAGGAGCAUUAUCAGCAGCUGCAGGAGCAGUCAAAGACAGCAACAGGAGCAGGAACAACAGCUUAAAGAUGCCCGCUGGCGUUUCAUGGGGACAAUAUAUGAAGUUCC